UUCACCAGUCGUAAAGUGUGCGUUUGUUGAACUCGUUAUAGUCGCCGUUCGUUAAUAAUGUUUAUGACAACACUUUAUUUAAUCAUAUAAAAUAAAAAUAAAAACACUAAUAUUGAACAAUCAAAAUUCAUACAUUUUUAUAUUUAUGUUCUAAUUCUGAAUUUAAGAAUAACAAUUCAGGUUUAUACAAGUUAUGAAUUAAAAUUCGUUAAAUCGCUACAUAAACAACUCAUAAAAUGUUAACGAUUUGGUACUGUUGUGGAACGCUGUGGACACGAUGAGUUUGAACAAGAGACGACUUAUAUUUUGCACGUUUAUCUAUUCGUGCGCAGCCAUCGGCCUGCUUGGUGCCGCUUUAGGUACCAAGAGGUGGGUGGUAGCAUCCGCAAGACGUACAUCGAACACUACCGAGUCCGUGGGCCAAGUCAAUCUUGGAUUAUUCUAUGGUGACAAAUAUCUUAACAUUGGAUAUGGUCUACGCACAUACAGCGUUGACGUGAUAGAAAUGAUGAAAAAUGACCCAGAAAUAAUGAUUUAUAGCUUGUGGGUUUUGACUGUAAUUUUUAUAAUGGCUGGUUUAACCAUGACUAUAGCUGCAGCUGUUUUUGCCGUCAUUAAUUCAGCCAUAACUCCCAUUUCCGCUCUUGCAGGUGUGCCUGGCCUUUAUUUCUGGAAUAUUAGCGCAAUACUUUUUGAGUUGUUUGCGGCUGGCCUGUGGGUAACACAGUUCUACCAAAGACUACAGUUCAAUGUAAUGAGCAAAGACGAUCGUCGAAAUAAAUGGACAUCUGAAGGGAAUGCAUCUUUAGGCUACUCAUUUUGGUUCAUUAUUUUAGCUUCAAUUUUGCAUAUGAUAAACGUCUUUACUGUUUUUUGGGCAACUUGUAGUCGCACUAAGAAAUCUCCAUCACCUAUAAUCGAAGAAAAAACCAAUGGAGCAAUUAUGCUUUACUAAAAUUUAUUCCAUCUCAUUAUUUCGCUAUUAGUACUAAAUCUAUAAAUAUUGUAUAUUAAAAUUUAUUUAUGUAUUUAAAACAAUUGUAAAUAUAUACUUCUUUUUUAUACUAUUUAAUA